GAGGAGGGAGAACCAAUGCGGCAUUUCCUGGCUGGCCGGCGGCCCCUCCUGCCGCCGCCGCGAGGGGCGAGCAGGAGGCAGCGGCGGCGCUCGCACUGCAGCUUCCGGCCGGGCUCUUGCAGCAGGCAGCAGCCAGGAGGAGCCGGAGCCGCCGCUGGGGAGCCGGGCUGCCCGAGGAGGGCCCCAGAGCGCAUGGAGAAGCCGCCGCGGAGGGCCCGGCGCGCCGGAGAUGGAGACGCCGCCGUCGGCUGCAGCGCGCUCCUCCUCUCGCUACUGCUCUUUCUCCUUCUCCUGCUGGGUUGUGGGGCGGCGGCGGCGGCGGCCGCCCAGGAGCUGAAUCCCCGCGGGAGGAACGUGUGCCCGGCGCCGGGCUCCGCUGGAUUCGUCUGCUGCUCAGGAUGGAGGCAACAGGGCGAGGAAUGUUUGAUAGCCGUGUGUGAGGGAAACUUCACCUGCAAGGACAAUGAGGUCUGCGUGAGGCCCAACGAAUGCCGCUGCCGCCAUGGUUACUUUGGUGCCAACUGUGAAACCAAGUGUCCCCGCCAGUUCUGGGGCCCCGACUGCAAGGAGAUGUGCCAUUGCCACCCCAACGGGCAAUGCGAGGACGUGACGGGCCAGUGCACCUGCAACGCCAACCGCUGGGGACCCAAGUGCGAGAACGCCUGCCUGUGCAAGCAUGGCAAGUGCGACCAGAAGACGGGCAAGUGCACCUGCGAGCCCAACUGGUGGGGCCCCCAGUGCUCCAGCGCCUGCUACUGCAGCCUCAACUCCCAGUGCGACCAGCAGGUGGGCACCUGCAUCUGCCAGCCGGGCUGGUGGGGCCGCAGCUGCAACAACCAGUGCUCCUGCAACAACUCGCCCUGCGAGCAGUUCACGGGCCGGUGCCAGUGCCGGGGGCGCACCUUCGGCCCCCGCUGCGACCGCUACUGCCAGUGCCACAUGGGCAAGUGCAACCAGCUGGACGGCACCUGCACCUGCGAGCCGGGAUACCGGGGGAAGUUCUGCAGGGAGCCCUGCCCGGCCGGAUUCUAUGGGCAAGGCUGCCGGAGGAGGUGUGGUCAAUGCAAGGAGCUUCAGCCCUGCACCAUUGCAGACGGGCGCUGCCUGGCGUGCGAAGCUGGCUGGAACGGCACCAAGUGCGACCAGAUCUGCUCGGCAGGCUUCUACGGGGAGGGCUGUGACCAGACCUGCCCUCCCUGCAAGGACGGCCACACCUGCAACCACAUCAACGGCAAGUGUUCCCACUGCAAUCCUGGCUGGAUCGGGGACAGGUGUGAGACCAAGUGUCGCAACGGGACCUACGGCGAGAACUGCGCCUUUGUCUGCAACGACUGUUUCAACGGCACGUGCGACUUCGAGUCGGGGCGCUGCCUCUGCCGGCCAGGCUUCCAAGGAAUUUGGUGUAACGUGACGUGCCAAACUGGUCACUACGGGGUGAACUGUUCGGAAUCCUGCAAGUGCCACGAAGAUUCUUGCGACCCACUGACUGGAUCCUGCCACAUGGAGGCUAACCAGCGGAUGGGUGUCAUUGGAGCCGGUGCCCUGUUGGCCUUCCUCCUCCUCCUCCUCCUCUCCCUCCUGUGUUGCUGCUGCGUUUGCCGCAAGAAAGACCACUCUCGGGACUCAAACCAGGACCCACCCCACAAGAAAUCCCCGAGGCGUCUUUGUGGGAGGUUCAGCCGCAUCAGCAUGAAACUUCCACGCAUCCCUCUUCGCCGCCAGAAGCUGCCAAAGGUUGUCGUGGCUCAUCAUGACCUGGAGAACACCAUGAACUGCAGCUUCAUUGAGCCACCAUCAGUGGUGGAGCAGCCGUCGCCUUCGUGGUCCUCCCGGGGCUCCUUCUCGUCCUUCGACACUACAGAUGAGGGCCCCGUCUACUGCGUGCCACACGAAGAGAGUGUGAGCGACAGCAAGGACAGAGUUUCCGCUCCCUGCAACCCAGUGGAGAAGGUGGCACCACCCAUCAGCGAGGAGGAAGCCGGAGAGUACACCGUCUUGAAAGAGAGCCCCUCCAUCCCAGCGGACAGCAGUGAGACGCCCUUGCUCAAAUCCUCUGACAGCGAGCGCUCCUCUUCCGGGUCCGGCUCAGUCAGCGGGGCCCUCUACGCCCGGAUCGCUCGCCUCUCCAAGCAGUCCAGAGACGAGGAUGACAACUCGGGUGCCGCCAAGCCCCCGUCGCCGGAGAGAGCCAAGCCCCCUCCGCCGGACCCCUCGACAAAGCCCAAAGUCUCUUGGAUCCACAGCAAGUACAGCUCCAACCAGUCCAACUCCCUGCCCGCCAUCGGGAUGGCCGACCUGACAGAGCACAAACAGGGCUUGGCGAAGAGAAAGAGGAGCCCCAGCGAGACGUUGGCUGGGGUCCAUGGCAAGGUGCCUGCCGCCAGGGGCAAGGAGAAAGCCCCAAAGCACCCGAGGGAGCUGAGCUCCCCCGAAGGCAAGGCCCUCUCCAUCUCUGGGGAGCAGCUGUCCCCAUCCAAGCUCAAGCAGAGGCACAAGGCCAGCGCGGAGCAGAUGGAGAACAUCAACGGGGCUGUCCAGAACGUGAUCAAGAAGAUGGGCAGUUACCCUCCGGACCGGAAAGGGAGCGAUGCCCCCAAAAGCCCCAGUCACAGCAAGCUGCGCUCCGAAGUCAUUCACCCCCACCUGUCUUCGGAGGCGGCCACGAUGCUGGCGGCACAGCUGAAGGAAAAGACUCAGAGCCUAAACCGGGGCGAUGGGGGCACACGGCAGAACGGGGUAAGCCCCCUGCCAGCCCAGAGGGAGAAGCCCACCCCACCGCAGAAGGCCAAGCGCUCCGUGGCCACCAGCAGCCAGAAGUCCAGCAAGCCCGUGCUGCCGACCUCCCCAAAUUUGCAGAAACUGAUCAGCCCCGUGGCGGAGGCGCCAGCCGGCGAGCCCAGAAAGGCGGAAAAGCCCAGCUCCGGUGGCACCCAAGAGCCAACGACGCCUGCGGCCGGGGACCAGGUGGUCAAGAAAACGCCCAUCAAAAAGCCUCCCAGGAAGAAGAGCAGAGAAGCAGCCAUGGAGCAGCAGCCCAAAGCGGCCACCACGUCACCUCAAACCGUGCAGUAGAAGGUGGCCACGUUACUAAGAGAGGACUGCACACA